AUGGUGCGAUGCAGAGAGCGGGGCUCGCGGGAGUGUCUUGUUCAGCUGCAGGUUCUCACCUCCCGCGGCGGCGGCGGCGAAGAGGCGGGUGCGGAGUCGUUGCCGUCGCUCGAUGUGCCUGCGCUGUGCGAGGAGAUUGGGGGUAGAAUGCGGUUGUUGUGCGGCCUGGCAGUGGCGGCGGACGCUGGCGGGAUUCAGUUAGUGGGGGUGCGGCACGACACGCCGGGUGUGUACAACGUGGUCGUGCGCCUCCCACAGGCGUUGCCGUUGGCCGUGACGGCGUUGCGUGCGGCGUGUGCCGCGACGGCGAUGGGGCCGCUGGUGCUGGGGAGGAUGGCAGCGACGCGGCAGAGGCAUCAGCGCAGGGAGGACGCGGCGGCGGCAGCAGCGACGCCCGUUGCGGUGCGGGUGGUUCACUUGAAGGAAGUUGCGACGGCGUAA